AUGCGCUGCUCAAGCAUCUUCGCUGGCCUUUUCAUGGCUGCCUCUGCCUUGGCUCUUCCUCUGGAAGCCUCUUCCAACACGGCCCUGAAGCCCGUCGAAGCCGUCAAGGACCUGUCCGCCCGUGCGCCUGCUCCGCAGCUCGACCUGACCGGCAUCCUUGAUGAUGUGACCACCUCUCUUGACGACCUGGUCUCCUCCCUGGAGACGGUCUUGGACCCUGUGAUCGCCGCAAUCCAAAACGUCACCGCCGCGAUCCAGACCCUGCAAGCAGACACCAACGUCACCGACGAUGAUACGACGCUCGCGGACUCCCUCGUCACCCUUCAGGGUCUCCAAACCACGCUCCUCGGCCUUGAGGGCACCGAUCUGGAUACCGGCGACGUGACCGACCUGGACAACGUCAACACCGCGCUCCAGAGCCUGCUCGACUCUGUCAACAGCCUCCUCACUGUCGAUACCACCAACACUGACCUGACCAGCAUCCAGACACUGGUCAACCAGCUCAUCGCCACCGUGAACGACCUCACAACCACUGCUAAUGCUGCCACUGUCACUGUCACCACGUCCAAGUAA